AUGGAGCCUCCUAGGAAGUCAAAGGGCCGCCAAAAGAUUGAGAUGGUGAAGAUCAAGAAGGCGACGAAUCUACAAGUUACCUUUGCCAAACGUCGGGCUGGCAUUUUCAAGAAGGCGAGUGAAAUUAGCACGCUUUGUGGCACUGAAGUUGCAGUGAUUAUUUUUUCACCUACCAAGAAAGUGUUCUCUUUUGGCAGUCCUUCCGUAGAAAAGUUGAUCAAUCGAUUCAAUGGCCUGAUAGAACAACCUCCUUCAGCUAACAGACCUGCUCUUGAGGAAUUACAGGAGAAUGUUAUAAAACUCGCAAACGAAAAAGAUGCUGAAGAAGACAAUAUUAAUCCUAAUUCUGAUGAUCAGCUUUUUCUUGGAAGCUCUUCCAAUGGAACUAGACUUCUGUUCGAAUCUAUCCCCUUCAAUGCUGCUGUUGGUCCCAGAAACGUGGUUAAUCCCAACAUGGUUAAUCCAAACGUGAUUAGUCCCAGCAUGAUUAAUCCAAACAUGGUUAAUCCUGCAGCUUAUAUGAAGAUGCUUCUUAAUAUGCUCAACAACAAUAAUCCAAACAUGCCCGUGUCCAAUUCCAUGAUUCCCAGUAAUCCAAACAUGGUCUCCAAUGUCAUGCCUACCAACAGUAACCCUACAAACAUGAUGCUGUCGGCAGCCAAUCUGAUGAUCGACAAUGAUCAAAACACGGUUCCAGCUAAUCAUAUGAUGAUGAACAAUGACCUCAACGAUUCAAACAUGAUGUAUACUAAUGGUCUCAACAGUGUGGACAUGAUACCAGCUACAGGAUAUAAUAUGACUCAGAAUAAUGGUGGAAAUGGGCAGGAGUUUUUCUCAAUUUGA